CAAGGACCAUUUUACGAGAUCUGCAGGAAAUGGACUGGCCACAGAUGGGAUUUAUUCCAUGCAGCGAUGCAUUUCCAUGGUAAUUCUAUUAUCCAUGUGGACGUGGCACUUUAGAAAAUACUACGCGCUGUCACUAAUGGAUUGGCUUGGCAGUUGAAUAGCAGCGACAUUAAACCUGGCGUGUGACCUGUGCUAGAAAGACAUUCAGAACUUUUGGGAAGAGAUAAAUGGUAUCCAUUGCACCGUGUGGGGACAUGGAACCAGAAGCUGGAGAACUGGAGGAGACAACUUUGGAGCCUGAAAUGUUUGUAAAAUCAGUUGGGGACAAAGAGAAGAUGGAUCUCUUGCAGGUGCUCCAAGAACCAAUCAUGGAGCUGCAGAGAAUGAAUAUCACAGGAAAGGAGGAUGAAGAAGGAAGUGAGAGGAAAGAUGAAAUGGAAAAUGAAGAGGUAGAAGAAAUGAAGUGUGCUGAAAACUUGAACAACAUGCCCACAGAUGCUAACGACUCCAUCAGCGACCCAACCAAUGAGCCCAUUCCCUCAAAUACUCCCAUCAGCCCACCUGAGACCAAUGAAUCAGACGCAGAGGACAGGAGAACACUGACAAAGACUCCCAGCUUUGGGAAAUCAGUUCGGUUUAAGGACAUUGAAGCAGUGGAAGAAAGGGACAGCUCAGAAGACUCUCUUUUUCCAGAGUUUGACAAUGAAGAGUGGACGAGCGCCAGCUUUGAGGAGUUGUUUCUGGCAGACGACUGGGUGGAUGUUACAGAUGACCGCCUGCUCAGGAAGAAGGUGUUACAGGCCAGUCCUAAGAAUGCCAUGACCCCGGCUUGGGGCCAAGAGGUCACGCUAAAAAUGCAGGGUGUGCUAGAGGAUAGGACUGUGGUGGAGAAAGACUGCAAGCUGGUCUUCGUUAUCGGAGAGGGAGAUGUCAACCAGGCCUUGGAGGAGUGCACCCUUUCAAUGAAGCAAGGGGAGAUUGCUUUACUUCUUGCAGACUCACAAUACACCUAUGGACUCCUGGGAAGGGAGCCUGAUAUACCAGCCUGGGCACCUCUCCUGUAUCAGCUGCAACUCCUAGACUUCAGAGAAAAGCAAGACCCCCUUUCACUGCCCAUCCCCGACCGGAUCCGAAUCGGCAACCAGAAACGCGAGCGAGGCAACUUCUACUUCCAGAGGGAAGAGUACAGCAUGGCAUCACAGGCUUACUGCAUGGCUUUAGAUGUGCUUACGACACGCACACAGGACGGUCAAAGCUGUGCGGCAGAGGAAGAAGAGGUCAACGACUACCGAGUUAAAUGUCUGAAUAACCUGGCAGCAGCACAGCUGAAGCUUGGACAUUUCGAUGAGGCUCUGCACACCAGUCAAGAUGUGCUGUUUCUCGAUCCCCAGAAUAUCAAAGCAUUAUUCCGAAAAGGAAAGCUUUUAUCUGACAAGGGGGAGUAUGAGGAGGCCAUGGAGACCUUGAAGAAGGCUUUGAAACUGGAGCCGUCCACUAAGGCUAUUCAUGCUGAACUGUCCAAACUGGUAAAAAGACAGGCGGGGGAAAAUGAGACCCAGAAUUGGCAAGCUAAACCAGCUCAAGUGUUUGGCGAAAACAUAGCGCCCUUUCUGACACCCCCGCCCAAAAAGAAGCCGUUUGGAAUUUCUUGGAAGUUUCUGCUUGGAGCUCUGGUGGUGGCCUUGGGUAGUUUAGUCACAUCUGUGGUCCUGACCGCACGGAACUAGCUCUCUCGACCUACUCGCAAAUUAACUUACAAGUCUCACAAACAAACAUUCCACAAAGCUGCCAAGGGACGGAGGGAAAAUGCACUGAACUCAACCGUUUAAAGAGCGUCUGCAUGGGCGGCUCUACCGGUGGAACACCGACCAACGCAAAGCAGUAUAAGCACAGAAAAGGGGGCAAGGCAAAUGUGUUUUUAUUGCAAAUUUUAAACACAAGUAUUAAUAUGUUUGGCGUUUUGUUUCACUUUCUAAUGCAUCACGGGCAGUGAUGGAAUUAUCUAAAGGAUUUGGGGGACAGCUGUUCUCUAUUAAAGGUGCAUUGCGCAAAUCUGAGUUUUUGCAGAACUACGCCCCCUCUGGCGAUAAGCGAAACUGCAAUUAGGUGUGCACACUCACGGACCACACGCACGCUUGCACAAGCUGUUCAUAACCAGAGGAGCCACACAGCCACACAAAUCUUUUGUUACAGUCAUAAUAUCUUCAGAGGUAAUAA